UUGGCUAAUUCGGCUGCACUGGUCGUUUGAGCGGAGUCAGGAAAUAGAAAAGGGGAAAAGAAGUGCCUGUUGCUAAAAAAAAACAUGUAUUUUGGAUGAAACUCGCUGCAUUUGACGGCCUAAUAGAUUUUUUUCCGCCAUGAGAAGAGUCACAUUGUUUGUCAACGGAACCUCCACAAAUGGAAAGGUGGUGGCCGUGUACGGCUCCAUGGAGGAUUUACUGUCCGUGGCCAGUUCCAAACUGGGGAUAAGAGCCUCUAGUGUUUAUAACGGGAACGGCGGCCUGAUAGACGACAUCACAUUAAUCAGAGAUGAUGAUGUGUUGUACAUUUCAGAGGGAGAUUCAUUUGAGGAUCCUCAGGAUGACUUCAGAGAUCCUGACAAGUGUCAGACUCACACUGAUUGGCUGACGCUCAACGUCGGUGGACGCUGCUUCACCACCACGAGGAGCACCCUGGUCAGUAAAGAGCCUGAGAGCAUGUUGGCCCACAUGUUCAGAGAGAAAGAUGUCUGGGGGAACAAGCAGGACUCUCAGGGGGCCUACCUGAUAGAUCGCAGUCCAGACUACUUUGAACCCAUUCUGAAUUAUCUGAGGCAUGGACAGCUCAUCAUCAACGAAGGCAUCAAUCCACUGGGUGUGCUGGAGGAGGCUCGUUUCUUUGGCAUCGAGCAGCUCGCUGAGCAGCUGGAGACCCUCAUAAAGUCCUCUCAGCCCCCUGACGACCACUCUCCUCUGACCCGUAAGGAGUUCAUCAGAUUCCUGUUGGCCACGACGACCAAGGCGGAGCUGCGGUGUCAGGGUCUGAACUUUACCGGUGCAGAUCUGUCUCGUCUGGAUCUGCGCUACAUCAACUUUAAGAUGGCCAAUCUGAAAGGAACCAACCUGACCCACGCCAACCUGAGCGGGGCAAACCUGGAGAGAGCAGACCUGUCCAUGGCGUGUCUCGAUGGUGCCAAUCUGCAGGGAGUGAAGAUGCUGUGCACCAACGCUGAAGGAGCUACACUGAGAAGCUGUAAUUUUGAGGAUCCUGCUGGGAUCAAAGCCAAUCUAGAAGGGGCAAACCUGAAGGGUGUGGACAUGGAGGGAAGUCAGAUGACCGGGAUCAACCUGAGAGUUGCCACGUUGAAAAAUGCCAAACUGAAGAACUGCAAUCUGAGAGGAGCUACGCUCGCCGGCACGGACCUGGAGAACUGUGACUUGUCAGGAUGUGACCUUCAGGAGGCAAACCUGAGAGGCUCCAAUGUGAAGGGAGCCAUCUUUGAGGAGAUGCUGACUCCUCUGCACAUGUCUCAGAGUGUUCGGUGAAACACCACAGUCUUCCACGUAGUGCUUUAAAUCACAACAUACUGUACGCUCCUAAAGCUACAGAGAGAAAGAGUCUCAGUACCUCUGACUAAUGCGUGUUUCAUGGUCCACAGGUAAAAACAAGAUGUGAGUAAAUUGGCUUCAUAAAUGUGUCUGUAGAAUAUUCUACAGUUAUUUUCAUUAUCAGUUCAUUGUUUUCUCUAAUAGUCAGUUAGUUGUUUAGUUCAACAGUAUGUCCAAAAAUAGUGAAAAAAUGUCCAAGGUGACGUCUUCAGAUGUCUUGUUCUGUCCGGCCCUCAGUCCAAAAGCCAAAGAGAUUCAGUUGACAAUGAUAAAUAAAAGCACAUUAUCAUAUGUGAGAAGCUAAGUACAGAGAACCCGAAGAACAAAACAUGUGUAACUGUCCAAAUCCUCACAGUCUGGACUGUAAAAAUCCAUGCAGAAAAGUCUGACAUCUUGGGUUUUUCACCAGCACCUGAAGGCAGCAUCUAUUUGUGGAUCAGAAAAUGUGAAGAAUGUGACCCAGUCCACAGGUUUCAGGUUGUCUGUGCACACAGGCCUUUACCCACAAAUCAUCACACAGGUUUGUAAAUCUUAUUUUUUAUCUUUGUGGCUCAUGAAACACACAUUUAUCUGUGGUAGUGAGACUAACUUCCCUCCUUCUCAUGAUGACCAGUAAAUACCAAACCUUGUAUUUCGCUCUGAACCAAACACCACCAAGUGUCGACAUGUGUCCGUUAGACAUUGAAGCAUGCUGUUGAAUGUCAUUUUAAAAAAAUUUCUGCAUCAUCUUUGGGGAACGAAAACAGUUGUACAGCAAAAUGACAAACAUGUUUGUAGGUUCUGAAUGUAGUAUCAAACUGUUUAUAGGAGUAAAGGUGUUGAACGCAGGUUUAUGAUAUUCAUAAGCCCUCAAAACUCUUUUGAUUAGUUUUAAUGUUGGUUCAAAUACAUUUUAAUUAAAUAUAAUAGUUGGCAUGCUGAAUUGUGGGAAGAAUUAACUGCAUAUCAUUGGUUUAACUGUUCCAGUGUCUGCAACACUGAAGGCUUCCUCUGCUUCAGGCUGAAAAUAUUCUGCAGUGUAAUACUGAGAAACAUAGUUUUUUAUGACUGAAAUGGAAGGUGGAACAAAUACUAAAAUUCUGAGACUUAAAGUAUCACUGGUAUUUUUGAACCUGGUGCAGUAUUGAUUAAGAACCGUGUACCAGGCGACCACCAACAGCUGCUGUAAUGUAAUGCAAUGGACAGUCAUCCACGUCAAAGUUCGUCCACUAAAGUGCUUAUUUCUGCCACUGACAGGCUCAGAUUGUUAUUCUAAGUGUCUGACAACAUGAUGAUAAGAGUCCUACAGAGACAGAGCUUUUUAUUAAAGAGGAAGAUCCAGGAACAGCUCUAUAUAUCACCACCAGACUCCAUUGACAAAAACAGGGAUUUAACCAGGAGCUGCUGGAAUACCACUGCCUCCAUCUGUUAGUGUGUCUGUGUUACUGUGUGGUACUUUUACUUCAGUAAAGUAUCUGAUUACUUCUUCCACCACUGAGAGCCACACAGUAACACAGACACACUAACAGAUGGAGGCAGUGGUAUUCCAGCAGCUCCUGGUUAAAUCCCUGUUUUUGUCAAUGGAGUCUGGUAGUGAUGUAUUUAUGGGAAAAAAGGUGUUUCUUUUUCUCAGAGGAUGAUAGUAAUAAUAAGUGUGAGUGUGAGAACUAUAUACUAUACAAUAUGUUCAGUCUUUGUGAAAUUAUGUGCAAGUAUUUGAACAAGCUCCUCCUCCAUCAUAUUACCUCUGACAGGUGCUAACUGAAGCACUUUCAUCCUGCACGUUGUCUUAAUUAUUUUGUGAUAAAAAUGAAAAGUAAAAAUGCCUCAUACAUCAAUUAAAUAUGAAAAAGAUUGUGCACAUUUAUAUCUUCAGUAUAUAACAAAAUGUCAAAGUCAAAGUCAGAUGUGUUAAUGUUAAAAUAAGAGUUUGGACGUCAUGCUGAUCAUUUAACUGCUGUUUUUAUACACAUGAUGUUUAGUUAUUAAAUAUAUAUUUUAGUAGAUGUCAAAUCCUGCUGAACGGUGGUGUGUGUGUAUAAUGUUUUAUAUGUCUUUAAUUCACUGGCUACAAGGACUCAUUGCACGUUUCAUGUAAACUGGUGUGAACUGUGAAACCACAGAGGUGCUAAACCUGAACUGUCCUGUCUCCUCUUCUGCUGUACUGUGGUUAUUUUAUGAGCAGGAUGUUUAAUAAAUGUUUUUCUUAAAACUUC